AUGAUUAUUCCAUUGUUAUUUCUCUACAGUAAUCUUGUGACUACUGUACUUUCAGCUGGUAGGUACCUAAUCACAGAUCUUUUAGGAUUUUUGAAAACAUACAUCAACACCAACGUUUCCCCAGAAUGCUACGUGACUCCGUGCACCCGUGACAUCAUCCUGGUCGUCGAUGGAUCCAGUUCAAUGCAGACGAGCACUUACGUUUCGCAGGUACAGUAAUCCUACAGUAACCCGAUUUGAAAACGAGAAAAUGCAAUUCAGGAAAUCAAUAUGAUCACAAAGUUGACCUACAGUUGGACUUUGGACGACUCGAAAGUUCGGUUGGCGCUGGUCGGAGCGUACUUUGGCAACGAGUUCAAUGGAAUGGAUUACUUUACGGACAGGUGAGCGGCGUGGCUACAGUACUCCACCUACAGUAAUCCAAUUGCAGCUCGACAGUCGAGAAACGGCUCCAAUCUUUCCGCAUCGCGGCCAUGCAAUACGGACUCUUCAACGGAGACUUCAACACGUUUGGGCGGUUUCUAGGCCACGGCCACUCAUUUUUUCGCUUCCAGAACAAUCCGAUUCUUGGAUGAGCGGUACGUCGGGCCUCGUGCCAACUUCAAUCCGCGCGACAAUAUCCAAAAACGAAUCGUCCUCUUCACUUCGCAUAACGGCGUCGCUGACGUGGCAUCCACAAAGAACAAGCUUCAGGAAUUCGCGCAACUGGGAUACGAGACGACGAUUGUGGGCAUUGGAGUCGAGGAGAGUGUCUACAAGAACACGUACUAUCAUAAGGUAUCAGGAAAAGGAUUACGGUAGGUUACGGUCGCUUACAGUUCGUCGCCGUUCAAUUGUUCGAGUUGGGAGUGGUGGCGCAGUCGAUUAUCGACACGAUCACAGACGAAGGCAUCUGCUUUUUGGAUAGUUCGUUUCGUUUUGAAACCGUACAACGUCUGACAACUCUACAAUAUUUUUCAGACGGCUGGACGACUCCAAAAGCCGAAGUGUGCACGACUACAACCACUACAACGCGUGCUCCAACGACCACAACGACGAAGGGCUCUGUUGUGAGCGGUGGCACGACCAAGAAGCCGACGACUCAGAAGCCGGUGCCGCCGACGCAACCGCCGUUCCCAGUUGGCGACUAUCAGAAUUGCAGUUGCACCACUCAAAGUCUCUAUGUCCGUCUUGUGAGCGUUUAUCGUUUUCGCCCAAAGUUUUGUUUCAGAUCGACAUUGUUUUCGUGGUCGACACGUCGGCUGGAAUGGGAUCCGGAGGGCUUAUGAUGGUAGUGCAGACGCUACAGUAACCUACCUACAGUAAUCGUUUACGUUCAGGUCAAAGCUGAAAUCAACACGCUCGUCGGACAAAUGUCGUUGAGUGCGGAGUACGAGAAGCACGUGCAAGUGGGACUCAUCAAGUACAGUAAUGUAGCGCAGGUACAUUAUUUUUCCUUAAAGGACUGUUUGUGACUGUUUGAAUUGUCUCUUAUUGCCUCAUACACUGGUGAAAUGCUGCCUCUCAAAAAUGCCAAUGAACGAAACGGCAUGCAGUUGAAGUUGUGGCCGUGGCCUAGCGCCAAUGGCCGAAAAAUAUAUAAAAAUAUAUGCGCUUCUCGGCCAUUUAAUUUUUUCCGCUUUUUUACCGGUUAUUUCCAAAAAUUCACGGUUUCUCCCAUUUUUCAGUUGAUUGACAUUUGUUCGGCACUUACUUAUUUUUUCACUGCUAAAAAAUUGUUUUCAUUCAGUCGAUACGAAGUGCUAGAUGAGUGGUUUCCGUGGAACAAGGGCGAUUUAAUCGCGAAAAAACCGGAAAAAAGCGGAAAAAAUAAAAUGGCCGAGAAGGGCAUAUUUCUAGGCCAUUGGCGCUAGGCCACGGCCACAACUUCAACUGCAUGCCGUUUCGUUCAUUGGCAUUUUUGAGAGGCAGCAUUUCACCAGUGUAUGAGGCAAUAAGAGACAAUUCAAACAGUCACAAAAAAAUUUCACAAAAAAAACCAAAAAAUUUUUGGGUUCCCUGGUCCUUUAAAUCUGAGGAACUGAAAAAAGUCUUUCAGACCGUGUUCAAUCCUUCGGACUACGACGACGAGGACCAGUUCAGCGAGGAUCUGUGGACGGAUCCACGGCUCGACGACGUCGACGAAAACGAGGACGAAGUGAAUCUGCACGCGGGACUCAGAGAGGCCGCCAACAUGCUCGCCACGAUGCGGAAAGGCGUCCGCAAAGUGGUCGUGGUCUACGCGGCCAGCUACGAGUGAGUCCUUUCGACAGUAAUCAUACGCUAAUCCGUCUUUAGCGACGAGGGAAAAGACGAUGCUCGCACGAUCGCAUCGAAUAUCAAAGCAUCCGGGCACACGAUCAUUACGGUCGCAUUCGUGGAGCCCGAAUCUUCGAGUCUCGUCAUGCAAAUCGGCGAGAUUGCUAGCAAACGAAUGAACUUUACCUCUUUCAAAGACGAACUACUGGUUGAACAAUUGGAGGACGCGUUCUGCCAGGUCAACUGCUACUGUCCGAACGGCUGGGAACAGCUGGUGCUCGAGGAGCGCAAGUACGGAGAAUGCUUCUUCCCGACUAAACUGGACGCGAGUUGGACGGCGACCAAGUACGAAUGUCCGCUUCUUUCAAAGGAUCACACCGGCAACGGACACCUCGUCUACGUGAAUUCGGCCCUUAAAAACACGUUCAUCAACGACUUCUACAUGAAUCCCGACAUUUGGGACCCGGAAAACUUGGAGACGCCCAACUACGACAUUGGAUAUUAUUACGAGAAGACGAGCCAGAAGUACGUGUGGGUGAACGGAGUGACGAACAAUCCGUACACGAACUGGGCCGAAGGACAUCCGAACGUGACAAAGGGCGAAUGCGUGGCGGCGAGGCAGAUCAACGGGACCAUCACGGAUUUCAGAUGGUUCUCGAUCAAUUGUGCCACCGAAAGUGGACGGUAAGUUGGGGAUUUCCAUGCAAUCUUCCCGGAGCCACAGUACGCCAGAGGAUGGUCGUACGAAAAAGUCAUCAACUACAAAAAUAGCGUACUAGAUGUCAAGAUUUCGCAGAAAAAUUUUGGGAACCAUAGGACAUCUCAUAACUCUACAAUAUCCGUUCAAAGUGCAUCCAUUUUUCAGAGGACUGUGUCAGGAAGCCGCUUGUGACUCUGACUUCUACUGCCAACCAGAAUAA